CAUCCCAGGCGCCAAGCAUUCUGCCAUCCGCACGUACGAUUUUUACAGUAGAGGAUUUCUGCAAUUUAAUAGUUAUACUCGUUGUUUCCUGUCAGUCUCUUUAAACUUUACGGUGUUUGGUUUCAUUUCCAUUCUUUUGCAUUUCGUCUUUUUGUGUUUCGUUGUUGGUUAAAAUUUUUAUAUUGGAUCUGAUACUCAAACAUCCUUUUUCAUUCUAUCUAAACAAACUUUACGAGACCUAAUCUGACAUUGUAAGGUUAUUGUGUUUGUUCGAAUCCGCUAUGAGCAAGAAAACUUCCAAAGGAAAACAUCAUAAGGCUACUCGUACCAAGACCGUUGGCCAGAGCCCUAUAAAAGAUGUUCUUCAUGUAGGAAAUGAUGAUGGUGUUUUUAAGUGCUCUCUUGAAGAUCGGAGAAAUUUCGUGACGAAGGAUGGCAAAAAAUUAGUACAAGCUCCUUUAUUUCUUGUUCUAUGGCAAAAAGAGAUCACCGUAGCUCUUAUUUCAUUAUGCAUCUUUUUGUAUUAUUUACCGUCAACUAGGUCCUACGUUGAACCCUUCAUGGUUUUGUCCUACAAAAAAGCAGACGGUGUUUACGGAAAAGGCCCCAAAGACCUUCUUUUUUCUUUAUUUUGGGUAAUUAAUUUUACUGCUAUCAGAAGCAUCGUUAUGGACUAUUGUUUUUGUCCUUUUAUUUUAUCUUGGGGGAUCAGAAAACGAAAAGUCGUUAUUCGAUUUUGUGAACAAGGAUAUUGCUUUUUGUAUUACCUCACAUUUUGGAUACUUGGCUUCUACAUUUAUCGUACCAGCGGAUAUUGGGAUCAUGAAGAACAACUUUUUGAACAAUAUCCUCAGUAUUACAUGACUAAACUUUUUAAAUUUUAUUACCUUGUUCAGUUCGGGUUUUGGUUACAACAAAUUUAUGUUCUUCAUGUGGAACAACGUCGCGCGGAUCAUUGGCAAAUGUUUGCUCAUCACAUUGUCACAUGUUCUUUAAUUAUUUUGAGCUAUUGCUUUAAUUUUCUUCGAGUUGGUAAUGCCAUUUUAUACAUUUUUGAUUUAUCAGACUACAUCUUUUCGGGCUCCAAAAUGAUCAAAUACCUCGGCUUUGGUAAAAUCUGUGAUUAUUUAUUCGGUCUAUUCAUGAUGAGUUGGAUAUAUUCGAGGCAUUACCUUUUUUACAGAAUCCUUAAAGUUGUGGUAACAUCUGCUCCUAGGAUUAUAGGUGGAUUUCAUAUGGACCUUUCAAGAGGUUAUAUAUUUAAUGAGCGAAUUUACUAUGCUUUUAUAUUUCUUCUUUUUUCUUUGCAAAUUUUAAUUUACAUUUGGUUUGGAAUGAUUGUCAAAGUCGCAUAUCGUGUUUUCUCCGGUGCUGGAGCUGUCGAUAGUCGGUCUGACGAUGAGGAAGAGACAGAGGAAGAUCCUAAAAAGAAAUAAAUAGCAAGAAUUAAUUUUUGUUUUAUUAGAAAAUAUGAAGUCUCCAAAAUGCAUUCAAAAAAAGUGAUUGACGGAAUCUCAAGAGUAAGUUUGAAUAUCCAUGAAUGCUGAGUGUUAUGAACUCAUUGGGUGAUCAAUUGAUGAUUUCUCCAUAUACAGUACUUUGUUGUCAAUAAAGAAAAGUUAUGGAGUGCUACUUGUUUGAUUCAAAAAAUUUUAUUAAAUAAUUUAGUUUUUUUCCCUUCAUUCUUAAGAAAUCGUUAGCUUAAAUGUUAGAAAUUUCAAUGUUAUGUUAGUUAUUCUAAAAAAUCUACCUAUUUUGUUUUGAG